CAUUACAGAAAAUGGUCUUUCAUUGAUGUGCAGAUUCUGAUGAGCUGUUGUCAGUGCUGUAUUAUAUAUCUGUGAGUGAAGAGCCAUUAUAGAUUGUAGACCUCACUGCUCCUCACUGAGGGCUUGUGCUUAAAUGAUGACUGACUUCAGGAUGGUUAGGAAUGCCUUUCUGGAGGGCUCUCUCUCUAGGAAGCCUUUCCUCAAGAGACGAUGCCUCAGCGACAGCACGGACCUGUUUGCCAUGAUCGAGAGGAUGCAGGGUUUUAGGAUGGAUGAGCAAAGGUGUCCACUGCCUCCUCCCCUCAAAACAGAAGAGGAUUACAUCCCCUACCCCAGUGUUCACGAGGUUCUGGGUCGUUGCAGUCCCUUCCCUCUCAUCCUGCUGCCCCAGUUUGGAGGCUACUGGAUUGAGGGUACUAAUCAUGAGCCCAAAGACCCCCCAGAGACAGAACAGCCCCCCUGUCCCACCGCACAUGUCAAACUGGAGACCAACAGCCUCGCCAAAAUCUACAGGAAGCAGUUUAUGGGAAAGGAGCACUUUAAUUACUACACCAUGGACGCAGCUCUGGGACACUUGGUCUUUUCCAUGAAGUAUGACGUCAUUGGGGAUCAGGAACAUCUGCGGCUCAUGCUCCGCACAAGGCAAAAAACCUACCACGAUGUGAUCCCCAUUUCUUGCCUUACUGAGUUCCCCAAUGUGGUUCAGAUGGCCAAGCUUGUUUGUGAAGAGGUUAAUGUGGACCGAUUUUACCCUGUCCUCUAUCCAAAGGCAUCUAGGCUUAUUGUUACAUUUGAUGAGCAUGUGAUCAGCAACAACUUCAAGUUUGGGGUGAUUUAUCAAAAGUUUGGGCAGACGACAGAGGAAGAGCUGUUUGGAAACAUGGAGGAGAGCCCUGCCUUUGUAGAAUUCCUGGAGUUUCUGGGACACAAGAUCGAGCUUCAUGACUUUAAAGGGUUUCGCGGUGGGCUGGAUGUGACGCACGGGCAGACAGGGACUGAGUCGGUCUACACAAAUUUCCACAAUAAAGAGAUUAUGUUCCAUGUGUCCACCAAGCUGCCUUACACAGAAGGAGACUCACAGCAGCUGCAGAGGAAAAGACACAUCGGCAAUGACAUCGUGGCCAUCGUGUUCCAGGAAGAGAACACGCCGUUCGUACCAGACAUGAUCCAGUCCAACUUCCUUCACGCCUAUGUGGUGGUGCAGGUGGAGAACGCAUGCACCAGCAAUGUCAUUUACAAGGUGUCUGUAACAGCGAGAGAUGACGUACCUUUCUUUGGCCCUGCUCUGCCUGACCCUGCCAUCUUUAAAAAGGGCCCAGAAUUUCAUGAAUUUCUUUUCACUAAGCUCAUUAAUGCAGAGUAUGCCUGCUACAAGGCUGAGAAGUUCGCCAAGCUAGAGGAGCGCACACGGUCCGCCCUCCUGGAGACCCUUUAUGAGGAGGUACACAUAAAUAGUCAGUCCAUGAUGGGGCUGGGAGGAGAUGAGGAUAAGCUGGAGAACGGGAGUGGAGGAGGAGGAGGGGGAGGCUUCUUUGAAUCCUUUAAGCGGGUCAUCCGCAGCAGAAGCCAGUCUAUGGACGCCAUGGGCCUCAGUAACAAGAAGUCCCACACAGUCUCCACUAGUCACAGUGGCAGCUUUACCCAUAAUGCCGCAGAGAGUCCCAAAACCCCAGGCAUUUCAUUGAUCAUUCCUGGAAAGAGCCCAACCAGGAAGAAGUCAGGUCCCUUCAGCUCACGGCGCAGCAGUGCCAUUGGCAUUGAAAACAUCCAGGAGGUCCAGGAAAGAAGCCGUGAGGUGUCACCCAGCACCCAAAGGACACCAGACAACAGCCAUUUAUCACAGGAAAACAGAUCGGACAACUCAUCCAAUCACAGCUCCCCAGAGUUUCCUGCCACCAAGAACAGUCUGAACAUGUGUUGCAGAGCUCCAUCUAUCCCAGAGCACCAAGACCUGUCCCGCUCCUCGUCUAAUGCCAGCAGCUUUGCCAGUGUGGUGGAGGAGAAUGAGGGGGAGGAGGAGUACGAAACAGGCAUGGAAAGUGUAUCUUGUGUAACACCACAUAAAAGGAACUCGCUGGGCUCUGGAUUUGACGACAGCUUGUCCAGUAUCAACCAGGGGAAUUUUCCAGCAGCCACUCGUUUUCAGCAGCACCAUGAUGCAGUCAAAGGGUCAGAGCCCAAAGGGACAGACAGCUGGGCCAAGACAGAGCGACCAUCACUGCAGCAAAGGUCCUCUUCUUCGCAUUCAUGAUGAGAAACUAUAAGCCUAUAGGGCAAACUUUGACCACCACUGAUGCAUAUGGGAGCAGAGUCCUACACCAGACCCAGAAGACUGACAUUCAUGUGGGUGGGGCCUGGCUCAGCCCUCCCAUCAGCUCCAUGUGGACCCCUUUAGAGACUUGAAAAAGAAUGGUCAGUCCAUGUAACACUACUGAACUGAAUCUGUCUACUGAAUCUGUCUACUGAAUCUGUCUACUGAAUCUGUCCACUGAAUCUGUCCACUGGGCCAAACGGCAAACCUGUGUCUUUUAAUGUGUGUUUUUAUUUUAGCACUGAGGUUGUACACUAUUAAUAAUUAAGUUGAAUAUUGGGUGAGUAGAGAGAAUAGUCCUACUGAAAUUCAAGUCAGGGUCAGCCACAUCAUUUGUUUUUAAAGUAAAUGUAGUCACUGUCACGGUGUACUGCCAUGGCCUUUUCAGUUGUAAUAAGUUUAACCCCAACCGAGCACUGCCUGUGUUAGUAUUCAUACAAUGAUCUGAGCACAUGGGUGUCUAUGGCAAAUUAAAAGUGAAACUUGUUCAAUGUUAGUUCUAUCUACUUUAUGUGUUGUGUGCCUUGUGGUCUCCAGUUGGAAUAAGCGACACCAUUCACCAUUUAAACAAUGUUGACGUUUUACUGAUAUUAAAUUCAUGUUGAAAAAAGUUAGUAUAUUAUGAAUUCUACUUAUGAAAUCUGAUAUUUAGCAAAUUCUGAUAUAAGAGACAAAUUAUACUGUAUAUAUUCUAUUACAGACACAUACUAAAAUAGCAGAGUCUAUUGUUUGCAGACAUAACAUCCCAAAACAUACCUUAAAUAUGUACUUUUCUUUACACUGUUAAACAUUUUGUUAAAUUAUAAAAGAUGCAUUUAUUGAUUAUUCAGUCAAAGCAUUUUAUUUCAGUUAUUUAAGAAAUUGACUAAAUGAUGAAUGAGUCCCAGUACUUUAUUCUUUAUUUUUAACUCCUUGGCUACACACCCUGCUUGUUGUUUUAAAUCUGUGUACUGGUGCAUGGAUAAAACAGUUGCUUGCCAAAAACUCUUCCUCUGUGCACUGGUGCCAUGCUUACAUUGAGCUUGAGCAUCUGUGUGACUUGAAAACCAGCUCAUUCUCAGAUUUAGAGAGCCACGUUUCUUUUAUUUAAUUUAUUUGUAUUAUAUGUGUAAUAUAUGUCUGUGAAAGAAGCACUACAGUUUUUCAGUGGUUUUAAAAUGCUGACCGAAGCAAAUGAGAAUAUGAAAUACACUGUGACUUGUGUGAGGAGGCCUUUCUUCUCUGUUGGUGAGAUGCUGUUAAAAGAAGACCAUUGCUGGUUUUGAAUGUAAAAAAAUAGACAGACCUGGAAAUAUUUGUACAAAUCUUGUCAAAACUGCUGUAAUAUUGUGGAAACGUCCUGCUUUUGUUUUAUUUCAAUGUGUAAUUGACAUUGAUAUUGCAAACUUAGCCAUGUUGACUGAUAUUUUUCUAAGAACUGCCUUGAGGGAUCAAAUGUUUUUCUUUCUCUAAACUGAUAGGGUUGAGUUGACUGACUACACCCUCCUGUGGCUCAGUGUUGUAAGCACAUCUCUCUGUUCAGCCAUUCCUGUGCGUGCUUGCACUGUUUGCCGGCGCCUAUCCAAACCAGACUGGGAGAAAAUCUUCUAUGUGCUUGGUUCAAAUGAUUGUAUCUUUGUUCUUGUAAACAGUCUGCUUACGCCCUUGUUCAAAAGACAUGUAAAUGUAAUGUUUGUAAAUAAAGCAAGCAUAAAGAUUUAAUAAACAAUAUGAGAUUGGUACAAUACAAACUGUAUGAGCUUUAUAAUCACAAUAAUAGCACCUUUAUUUACCUUUAUGUUAUUUGAGGGAUAAUGUAACAGUAGAGGUGUAAAUAUAUUUGAUUCUAACAAAAUAGCUUGUUUCUGUCUCUUAAAGUUAGUACAAGGAAUGGACACAUUCAGGUUUGAGUGACCACCCUCUUG